GAACGGGCCGCGCUGGAGACGGUGCUGCCCGCGCCCGCCGAGGAGUCCAACGGCACCGACAGCGCCAAGGCUCCGAAAGUGAACUGCGAGGAGAGGAACACGACGGGGAUCGAGCGCUUCACGCUGCAGAUCCUGAACGUGUCCCAGGACCUGAUGGAGUUCUUGAACCCCAACAGCAGUGACUGUACCUUGGUCUUGUUCUACACCCCCUGGUGCCGUUUCUCUGCCAGCCUGGCUCCUCAUUUUAAUUCCUUACCUCGAGCCUUCCCCACUCUUCGCUUCCUGGCCCUGGAUGCCUCUCAGCACAGCAGUUUAUCCACUAGAUUUGGGACUGUGGCUGUGCCAAAUAUCCUCCUUUUCCAAGGAGCCAAACCAAUGGCUAGGUUUAAUCACACAGACAGAACGCUGGACACGCUGAAGGACUUCAUUUGGAAUCAAACAGGCAUAGAAGCCAGAAGCGGCGUGGCAGUGACCCAGGAGGACUGGGAGGGUCCCCUGCCCAGCGUUCUGACCAAAGGUGUAGACUGGCUGCUUCUCUUCUCUCUGCUCUUCCUGGCCAGCUUCGUCCUGUACGCCACCGUUCGCACCGAGAGCAUCCGCUGGCUCAUCCCGGGGCAGGAGCACGAGCAUCAGGAGUAA